UUAAAAGUGUGAUGUCCCUAAAUGGACCUACCAUUUUAAUUGAGAUCUAACUGGAUAAGAGAAAUAAGAUAUGGACAUGUGCUGAUUAAAAGAAUUUCUUACAACCCGUGGAGCAAUUGGUGCUUUAUGAAGAUGGGGUUUGGAAGUGACCUGAAGAAUUCACAUGAUGCACUUUUAAAAUUGCAAGAUUGGGAGUUACGACUCUUGGAAACAGUCAAGAAGUUUAUGGCACUGAGAAUAAAAAGUGAUAAAGAAUAUGCAUCUACUUUACAGAAUCUUUGUAAUCAAAUUGAUAAAGAAAGUACUGCCCACUUGAAUUAUGUUAGCAAUGUAUCUCAGACUUGGCUACUAAUGAUUCAGCAAACAGAACAGCUUAGCAGAAUAAUGAAGACACAUGCAGAAGACCUUAACUCUGGACCACUACAUAGGCUUACUAUGAUGAUCAAAGACAAGCAGCAAGUAAAGAAGAGUUAUAUAGGUGUGCACCAGCAAAUUGAGACAGACAUGUUCAAGGUCACAAAGAUAGAAUUGGAUAAAUUAAAAACAAGCUAUAGGCAAUUAAUAAAAGAAAUGAAUUAUGCCAAAGAGAAGUAUAAAGAAGCUUUGGCUAAAGGAAAGGAAACAGAGAAGGCAAAAGACCGUUAUGACAAAGCUACAAUGAAACUUCAUAUGCUGCAUAAUCAAUAUGUAUUGGCUUUGAAAGGGGCACAGCUUCAUCAGCAUCAGUAUUAUAAUACUACACUUCCUCAGCUCCUGGACUCAUUACAAAAAAUGCAAGAAGAAAUGAUAAACGCAUUAAAAAGCAUAUUUGAUGAAUACAGCCAGAUUACCAGUCUUGUUACAGAGGAGAUAGUCAAUGUCCAUAAAGAGAUUCAGACAUCAGUUGAACAGAUUGAUCCUAGCAUGGAAUACAAUAAUUUCAUAGAUGUUUACAGAUCACCAGCUAUUGAGGAGCAAGAAAUUGAGUUUGAUGCAUCUUUACUUGAAGAAAAUGAAAGUCUUAAAGCCAAUGAGAUCAUGUGGAAUAAUUUAACAGCAGAGAGCUUGCAAAUAAUGUUGAAAACUGUUGAAGAAGACUUGAUCCAGACACAGCAGAUGCUUUUAAACAAAGAGGAAGUUGUCCUGGAACUAGAAAAGAGUAUUGAAGAAUCUUCUAAGACUUGUGAAAAGAAGUCUGAUAUUGUGCUUCUACUGAGCCAAAAACAGGCACUAGAAGAGCUAAAACAGUCAAUCCAGCAAUUAAGGUGCACUGAGGCCAAGUUUGCCGCCCAGAAAGAACUCCUUGAACAAAAAGUGCAAGAGAAUGAUGGAAAAGAGCCACCUCCCGUGUUCAAUUAUGAAGAAGAUGCUAGAUCAGUUACAUCAAUGGAGAGAAAGGAGAAAUUAUCUAAAUUUGAUUCAAUUCGACAUUCCAUUGCUGGGAUGAUUCGGUCUCCCAAAUCUGUGUUGGGCUCUCCGUCUUGCUCUCCAUCGAAAGUAGCAGAGAUACCUUGUACUUCCUCUAACAAGUUAUCUGAUGGCAUAUCAGCAAGUGAGAAGCCACUGGUGGAGCAGGACUGGUACCAUGGUGCAAUUCCAAGAAUAGAAGCACAGGAACUCUUAAAACAGCAAGGAGACUUCUUGGUUCGAGAGAGUCACGGGAAACCUGGUGAAUAUGUCCUGUCUGUCUUUUCAGAUGGACAACGAAGACACUUUAUUAUACAGUUUGCUGAUAAUUUAUAUCGAUUUGAAGGAACUGGGUUUCCAGCUAUUCCUCAACUUAUAGAACAUCAUUAUACAACAAAACAAGUCAUUACUAAGAAAUCAGGUGUAGUCCUGCUGAAUCCUGUUUUUAAGGAUAAGAAAUGGAUUCUCAGUCAUGAAGAUGUCACAUUGGGAGAAUUAAUAGGCAAGGGUAAUUUUGGUGAGGUAUAUAAGGGAACAUUAAAGGAUAAAACUGCGGUUGCUGUAAAAACUUGUAAAGAAGAUCUUCCUCAGGAACUGAAAAUUAAAUUUUUACAAGAGGCCAAUAUUCCCAAAUGUCUCACUCCUGAUCCACCCACCCAUUUCACUGUGCUCCAGAAUGCCAACUUUAUAAGAGGUGAUUUUCUCUCCUUUUUGAGAAAGAAGAAAGAUGAACUAAAACUCAAACAGUUAGUGAAAUUUGCAUUAGAUGCUGCUUCUGGUAUGGCAUAUCUUGAGAGUAAAAACUGUAUACACAGGGACCUUGCUGCAAGAAACUGCCUAGUAGGGGAAAAUAAUAUUUUGAAGAUCAGUGACUUUGGAAUGUCUCGUCAAGAAGAUGGUGGAGUAUAUUCAUCUACUGGCUUAAAGCAAAUUCCCAUCAAAUGGACUGCUCCAGAGGCUCUCAAUUAUGGAAGAUACAGUUCUGAAAGUGAUGCCUGGAGCUUUGGUAUCCUUCUCUGGGAGACCUUCAGUUUAGGAGUCUGUCCAUAUCCUGGAAUGACCAACCAACAUGCCCGGGAGCAAGUAGAACAAGGAUACCGGAUGGCAGCUCCUCAGAAGUGUCCUGAAGAAAUUUAUAAAAUAAUGCUGAAGUGUUGGGACUACAAACCUGAAAACCGCCCCAACUUCGUUGAACUUCAGAAAGAGCUAGCCGCCAUCAAGAAAAAAGUGUCAUAGGGAUGAAGUCAUGCCAGAUACCACCUACAGGACUCUGUUUCCCAGCAAAGUAAUA